AAGCGCUGGACUACAGGCAUGUGACAGCCGCUGAGGUGGAGGUGGCCGGGUGAAAGAUGACUUUACUGGCAGGCGAUGGUUCGGAUUACGACUACAGUGCUUUGAGUUGCAACUCGGACACCUCUCUGAACGCGCCGCCCAUCCAGGAGCAAGAGGCCCUCAAGGGCGUUUAUUACAAACGGGCGCAAAGACUGCCUCCAACCGACCUCAGCAUCCCCGAUGCGCUCCAUCCGGACGACAACGGCAACCUGCCGUCCUGCGGCCAGCGGCUGCACGUCAUCAUUAACGUGGGCGGCCUGCGGUACCAGCUUCCCUGGACCACGCUGGAGGACUUCCCCCUCUCGCGUCUGGGCCAGUUGUGUCUGUGCAGCAGCUUCGACGAGAUCAUGCGGGUGUGCGACGACUACGACGUGGUCCACAACGAGUUCUUCUUCGACCGCAAUCCCUGUGCCUUCCGGACCAUCCUCACCUUCCUGCGCGCUGGGAAGCUGCGCUCUCUGCGCGAGAUGUGUGCCCUGUCCUUCCAAGAAGAGCUGCUCUAUUGGGGCGUCCCGGAGGAGAGCUUGGAAUGGUGCUGCCGGCGACGCCUCCUGCAGCGCGUGGAGGAGUGCGACGAACUAGAGCGGGUGGUGGAGGAGUACGAGGACGAUGAGGAGGACAGUGGAAGCGGAUUGGCCAGGGAGUCUCGUCUUGGCCACUGGAUGGGAAAACUAAGAGACAUGGUGGAGAAGCCUCACUCCGGCCUGCCCGGGAAGAUCUUCGCCUGCCUGUCGGUGCUGUUCGUCACGAUAACAGCCGUCAACCUGUCCAUAAGCACCAUGCCUGCCAUGAGAGAGGAGGAGGAGACUGGCAAAUGCUCUCAGAUGUGCUACAACAUCUUCAUCGUGGAGACAGUGUGUGUGGCCUGGUUCUCGCUGGAGUUCACGCUGCGCUUCAUCCAAGACCGCAGCAAGCUGGCCUUCCUCCGGCGGCCGCUCAACCUGAUCGACGUCAUAGCCAUCCUGCCCUACUACAUCACGCUGGUGGUGGACAGCACCUCCACGGGCGAGAAGCGCUUGGGCUCGGGCAGCAGCUACCUGGACAAAGUGGGCCUGGUGCUGCGCGUGCUGCGGGCGUUACGCAUCCUCUACGUGAUGCGGCUGGCGCGCCACUCGCUCGGACUCCAGACGCUCGGGCUGACGGCACGCCGGUGCACGCGGGAGUUCGGCCUGCUCCUCCUCUUCCUCUGCGUGGCCAUAGCGCUGUUCUCGCCGCUCCUCUACCUGAUCGAGAACGAGGCCGGGGCCACGCGAGAGUUCAGUAGCAUUCCUGCAACGUACUGGUGGGCCGUGAUCACCAUGACCACGGUGGGUUACGGUGACAUGGUGCCGCGCAGCAUCCCGGGACAGGUGGUCGCACUCAGCAGCAUCCUUAGCGGGAUCCUGCUCAUGGCGUUCCCCGUCACCUCCAUCUUCCACACGUUCUCGCGCUCCUACGUGGAGCUCAAGCAGGAGCAGCAGCGGCUGCUGCAGCGCAGGACUCACUUUCUGCUGCGCAGCCGCAUCGCCGGUCUGGGCAGCAACCUGUCGCUGGAGAGCGACGUGCUUUUUGCUAGUGUCUCAUCUGAUCACAGAAACCCAGAGGAAUAG